CCCUCUGGAGCCAGAGCACUCCCGCACCCAGCGCCGGCCGUGACCCGGGCCGGCACCCCCCACCCAGGGAUAACUUUCCCCGUCACCCGCCGCUACAGGUGUCACUACUUCCCCCGUCACCCCAGGCCCCGCUGCCCAGGGGUUCGCAGCCAGCACGAUACCAUGGGACAGGCAAAGGGGUCAUGCGACCGGGAACAGACCAUCCGCACACCCUGCCUCCUCUCCCGGAGCUGUCGGACUUAUCCCUCAUGCCGGGGAAACUGAGGCGCAGCAGGCGGGAGGUGCUGGGGGAGAAGCAGUGGCAGAGCCUGGAGGAGAGGGGAAGUGCACAUCUGGGGCAGCCCAAGCUCACCAGAUCCAGGACCUAUGAGCCCUCUUGCAAGGAGACAGAGCAGGCAGCCACGGGCACGCAGGGACCCCCAUCCCCCUCGCUGAGCAAGCAGGACAGCAGCUACCGCCGAGCCUUCGGGGAGCUCGCCGAGCAGGACAUGCUGCUGGGCUGCUUCUCGUGUGCCUGGCAGAGAGAGGUGCCCUACCACGGUCGUCUCUACGUGUCCUCCCGCCACAUCUGCUUCCACUCCAACCUCCUGCUCAAGGACAUCAAGGCCGUCGUCCCUGUUGGCUCCGUCUCAGCCAUCAAAAAGACCAACACGGCGUUGCUGGUGCCUAACGCAGUCAGCAUCCGCACGGCAAAGGGGGAGAAGUUCCUCUUUGUGUCGCUGCGCCAGCGAGAGGCCACGUACCAGCUCCUGAGGUCAGUCUGCAAACACCUGCAGGUACGCGGGGCCUGGAUGGGGAGGGGGGGGCUCCAUCCAUCCAUUGCAGGUCACCUCCCUUCAUCUCUCCUUGUCCAGGACAGCGGCCAGAGCCCUCGAAGCUCAGUGAACAACGAGGAAACUCUUAGGAAGUCUCAAAUCUCGAGCUCUUCAGACCUGGGGCAGAGCACCCCGGAGCCAAACAGCCUCCACGAAUCCCUGGAUGAGCCAAACCCAACAUCAAGGCAAGCAGAGGACGAGGAUGAUGGGGUGGCCCUACUAGUUCCCAGCAGCAGCGAAUGGGUGCCCUCAGCAGAGACCUGUGGCCUCUGGGGGGGACCCCACACCGUGCUCCAGGCCUGGGCUACUGCACUUUGGUCCCGGAUAAACCCCCAGCUGAGCCCUCUCAACAUCAUCAUCAUCAUCUACCUGCUGCUCAUGGUGGCCUUGCUGCUGUCCUCGGGGUACAUCAGUCUGCGCAUUGCGGAGCUGGAGCAGCAGCUGGAGUUUGUGGGGGCUUGGCCACAUCUCAACCUGUCACAGCAGUGAGUGGAGGGGCAUGGGGUGGCCUCUGUCCCCAUCAGAGACUCCUCACCCUGCCUGCCCUCGGGUAGAAGACAACGUGAGGCCACCAAGGACCAUCACCAGAGCUCCAGUUGGGGGGUCAGGGCCUCUCUGAGCCCUUCCUUGGCCUCUCAGGGGUGGCUCUGUCACCAAGUGCCUUCCAGCCCCCCACAAUGCCUGAGAAGCCCAAAUGGGCUGCAAGGCUCCAUCUCUCUCCCCACUGUCUGCCCACCCUGAGCAGCAGCAGAAGAGACCCAGGGAGCUCCCUGUGGGACACAGAGCAGGGAAGGGGGGCUGGAGUCAGCACCAACCCCCACCCAGCCCUGAGGCAGGGCAGGCAGAGGGGGCCAAGCCCCAGGCAAGGCAGGGGCACAAAGAACAGAUUAUAUUAGUAAAUAUUAAUAAAAUCAGUAUUAUAUUAAUACUUA